CGGAUUAAAUGGGGAUUAAUCCGUACUUGCCCGCAACUUCAAAGCGAACUGCGGCCCCCAAAAUCCCAUCAUGGCCGGCUCAAAUCCUGCGACCUUUGACUCAGUGCUCCUGCCACAACCAACGAGUUAGCGAAAAGCUUGGCUCUGCAGGCCGGGCGUCACACGCCUCUCGGCAUGAUGUAUCACAAUGCGCGUUUCCACUCACCUCUCGGUGCUGCUGGCUGCGGUCACCACCCAGAUUUUGGCCCAGGAGACUGGCGAACUGGGAGAUGCCGCUGAGGUGACCAACAACCCCGUUGGCGUCGUGUACAAGGCGACUCUGCCCGACUCGGCCUUCUUCAAGCCCGCCUACCCCGACGGCGGCAACAUCCAGGGCGAGAUCACGGCCGAGGCCAACAGCGACGGCAAGGGCGUCAAGUUCACCGUGAGGCUCAGCAACCUGCCCAAGACGGGCGGCCCAUUCCCCUACCAUCUCCACGUAGCGCCCGUUCCCGAGGACGGCAACUGCACAGAGACGCUCGCCCACCUGGACCCCUACAUCCGCGGCGAGGACACACCGUGCAACGCGGAUGCGCCGGCGACGUGCCAGGUUGGCGACUUGAGCGGCAAGCACGGCAAGAUCCCGGCAAACAAGACCACGUUCGAGACGUCAUACGUGGACCUGUACGCGUCGACGGUCGAGGGCAUCGGCGCCUUCUUCGGCAACCGCAGCAUCGUGUUUCACUUCCCGAAUAAGACGCGCAUUACCUGCGCCAACUUUGAGAGGGUCGACGGCGGCGCCGACCUGCCCGGCGAUGACGAUGACAAUGACGACAACGACGAUAACGACGACAACGACAAUGAUGGUAACGACAACGACGGUGAUGAUGAUGAUGAUAACGCCGGUGGCAGCAGCCCGUCGCCGACCACCGCCGCGUCUCCAAGUAUUACCUCGGGACCCAGCAGCACGGAGGGAGCAGGUGCUCCGCCGACCGAGACGAGCGAUAUCGCGACGGCUGGCGCUCCCGGGCUGCGGGCGAGCGUCGCAGGCGCCGUGGUGCUCGGCGCCGCUGUCGCGGUCCUCCUCUAGUUCGGUAACGCCGACAUCAGGCCGCGACGUAAGCGGACCGCCAUCGCCGGCAACGAGGGCGCCAGGGCGGUGGCGUUGGAGGUUCACGGCUACCGCUCUGGAGAGCGGCGAUCACAUUACGCUACGAGAAGGCGGUUGCUUCGUAGCUAAUGCAGAAGAGAUCGGCGACUGGGACUCGUUACUUCUGUCAUAGUGUAAUAAGGGCUUUGCCUCGUCUUGUACACUGCAUUCUAAUGGAUACCCGAGGCGUUAGUUUCGCAGCUUAACGUGGGCUGGGGCAAGAUUGAAAUUAGGUGCGUUCAGCGCGGAAUAGGAACGAAAGAGCGUAGCGCAAUAUAGAUCGUUUUUUGCUUCUCGUUGGC